AUGCCCCUCCUCCGCCACAUCCGCAUCCCGCCCGUUCCAUCGACCGGGAAGAGUGUCGCGCCUCGCUAUCCGACCUACGCUCACGUCGAUUCCAUCCAGAGCAAGCUGCAGGCCCGCCUUCUCGAUUACAAGGCCUCCCUCAGCUCCGAGCACCCCAAACCCGCCCCGGCGCCUUCGAUUCUCUCCUUCACCCCGGCUCCAACAUACACCCUCGGCCGGCGGCAGACCCAGCCGUUGUCCGCCGAGCAGGAACGACGGUUACGCGCCCCGCUGCACGUGCAGCAUCCCGUGCUCAACAGCCGGGAUGGCCAUGACAAGUACUCUGCGGGCGAAGGGUCCCAGUCCCGGUCCUUCGCCCCCGAGGUGACGAAUACCCCGCGAGGCGGGCUGGCGACCUACCACGGACCGGGGCAGGUGGUAUUCUGGCCGGUGAUCGACCUGCACUCACCGCUGCACCGGCACUUCACCGUGCGGGACUACGCGUGCCUGCUCGAGAAGACGACGAUCGCGGCGCUGGCCCGGGCCACCGAGGUCUUCUCCCCGCAGGGCGUGACGGCGCUUCGGGACGCCGAGAAAACCGUCAUCAGGGGUUUUACGACCAAGGAGAACCCGGGCGUAUGGGUGAACAAUCACCCGGCACAGGGCCCGGAGCACGAGCGCAAGAUUGCCGCGCUGGGCGUGCAGCUUCGGCGGCACGUCACCAGCCUGGGCGUCGCCGUCAAUAUCAGCAUGCCCGUCUCGGGUCCCGAGCUCACGAACCCGUGGGGCCGCAUCGUCGCGUGUGGCAUCGAGGACAAGGGCGUCACCAGCGUGAUGGAUGAGCUGUACGGAGAGCACUGGAGGAGUACUGUCAAGAAGAGCGCGGCGGAGAAAGAGAAGGAGCUAUACUUGAGAAUCGCAGAGGUACUGAGGAGGCAGCUAGAGGUCGUGUGGGUAGAAGAGUUCACGAAGAGACUGGAGCUGAAGACUGACAGCACGUCUACGAACCAGUCUCGUCAGGUAGAGGAGUACCUGCCGAAAGACGGGCCUGAUAGUGGUUGGCUUUCAGGUGAAAGGAACGAUGAGCUGGUCUGA